UCUGCUCCGCCCCCUUUUUUUUUUCCUUUUCACUCUUUCUUUUUGUCUAAUUCAUCAUCAAUACAUCUAUCUUUCUUUUUUUUUCUUUUAAUUUACAAUGCUUACUAUGACAACCACUUAUUCAGCUCCUACACCUCAUAAAGGAAAGAAACCUUAUAAAAGUUGGCUCAAAGAUGGUGUUAGUGGUGGACCUUGUUCUAUGGAUAUUCUUGUACAAUGGUUAUCAGUGAAAGCUAAUUUUUCUAAAUGGCGUGGUGAUGAAAGUGAACGAACUCCCAAAAAAUUAUUAUUGGAAAAUAUUCUUGAUACUAUGCGUGAACAUGGAAUACAUCAUCGAUUAGCUAAAGAUAUUGCUAGUAAGAUAUCUACUUUACAAAGUAAUUAUCGAACAGCUCGUGAAUGGAAUGAUACUGAAGGUAAACGUUUAAGAGAUGCUGGUGCCGAAGAUGAAACUGUACAUGAGGAAUUAGUUAAACGGUUUCCUUACUGGGAUGCUCUUCAUGAAACGUUUGGUACUCGUACUUCUUCUUGGCCUAUGUCUAUCAGUAGUAUCAUGCAUCGUGUAGAAGAAGAACAAUUAGAACAAAAUGAACAACUCAAAGUAGAAUCUGAUGAAGAUUUGGAACAAUUAGAUGACACCACUCGAAAUCGAUUUUAUCAUACACUUCAUGAUCCACAUUCAAAACGACGAAGAAGACUUAGUGAUAGUAGUUUACGUACUGCUACAAAUUCUACAAAUUUACUUCAACAAAAUAAUAAUAAUCAACAAUAUCAACAACAACAACAAAAUGGUACUUCUCAUCACCCUCCUUAUCAUCAUUCAACUUUAUUACCUUCUUCUUCUUCUUUACUUCAACCUAUGGUAAUACGACCUAUGCCACGAUCCUUUCAACAUUCUAGUAAAACUGAUUCUACACAAAAACAAUCAUCACAUCAACAAACUACAAAAAGAAGAAGAUCUUCAUCUUCAUCAUCAUCAUCAUCAUCAUCUUCUCAAUCAUCAUCAUCGUCAUCUUCGAAUUAUCGUCAUCAACAACAACAUUAUCAAGUCUUGGCAGAUUCUUUAAUUCAAGUCACUCGUGAAAAAGAAGCUGGACGAAUGAAACGAUCACAAGAUAUGUUGGAUUUUUUACGUGAAAAACGUUUGGAACGUGAACAAUUAUUGAUGGAAAAGGAAAAAACAAGACGAAUCAAGGCCAAAGCUGAAUUGGUUAAAAAUAUGUUAGAAGCUGGUUUUACAAAGGAUGAUAUCUCUCAACAAUUGGAACGUUUAUGACCUUUACUUUUUUUUUUUUUUAGUUAAUUAGUAUCAUUCUUCAUAAUUUCUUUACUGUAGUCAACAUUUUCUUUUAUUUAUAUUAUUAUUAUUCUUUUGUACCAAUAUGUUAUUCAUACUUUUUUUUUUGUCAAAUAAACCAAUCAUUAUAUUAUCAUCCCAUCAUCAUCU